AUGGAGCCUGCAUAUCGACAAGACCUCCGCAUGCUUACGCAAUUCAUGCAUGUCGAUUUCCCCCUCACUCCCACCUCGCUCCAGAACACAAUCCGACGCCUUCCCUGUUCCCUCUUCACAAGACUGCUGCCUACCGGCGGUUCGCAUCUCACCUCACAUCGGAAAUUGGCGAGGUCCGGCAAACAAUUCUCCCUUGAUUACCCCAAGUACCGGUUGUCAUUCUCGUCUUGGCGGCAUACACACCGCAUACGCAACACGCACGCGCACCUGCAUGACUCUAUCCCAACUUCGAGGCCAAAUCGAAACCGGAUUGAGUCGAGCAAGCCCAAGGCCCAUCUUGGGCAUACGGAUGCGGCUCUGCUCCCUUUAGAAAUCAGCCUUCAGUUUCAGGUAGGGGAAGGUGGCUGCCUGAUUGUCGGUGAGAAUCGCGGCAUCAGGGCAACAUUCCCCUUGCCCUUGUGGAACACACAUGCUCAGGGCAGUCCUCGAGUCUAUCCUAGUCAACUAACUCCUUCAAAAGUACCGACAAAAGCCGCAGAGCCGCAACAGCAGAGCCUCCUCCGAGAGCCGCAAGCUCGCUUCGUUUUGGGACUUUGGAUGGCUUCCCACGUCGUAUGCUGGCCCAUGGCGUCCUUUUGCCGCCCUCUCCGUACUUUCGGCGCAAGACACAAGGAGUCAUAUUCUCCUCUUCCCCUCAUCACUGGUGGAUAUUUCCUUGAAUAA